AUGAUUCCUAUUAUUGCUAUAUAUAACCAACGCUUGGUCCUUCAUUUCCAUUGCACCCAUCUCCAGCACAUAACCACCAUGGCCAGAGCUUAUGAAAGUCUUUCUGUUCUUUCCAUCGUCUUCUUCCUCACCACAUCUUUCUCUUCUGCGUCUUCCAAUGGCGGCUUCACCGUCGAGCUCAUCCACCGUGACUCACCAAAGUCACCACUCUCCACCCCCAAAACGACACCGUUCCAACACGUCCACGAGGCCAUCCGCCGUUCCUUGCCCCGUGCCAACCAUUUCUUCCCCGCAGAAGCUCAUGAUCAGUCAGUAAACGACGCCGUUGAGUCCCAAGUAGUCUCCGUCAGAGGCGAGUACGUCAUGUCGUAUUCCGUCGGAACGCCGCCGUUUGAGAUCUUUGGAAUCGCUGACACAGGCAGUGACCUUAUUUGGACUCAGUGUAAGCCCUGUGAGGGCUGUUACAACCAAACAGCUCCUCUGUUUGACCCCAAGAAUUCCAGAACCUUCCAGAAGAUUCCAUGCUCUUCACCAAAAUGCUCCUCCGCCGUAGGACAGACCACAUGCGACGAUUCGAAUGUCUGUAAGUACAACGCCCGCUAUGCAGAUUCCUCAGCCUCUAAUGGUGACAUAGCAAUUGAAACUCUCACACUUGGCUCAACCAGUGGCCGCCAUGUGGCAUUCCCUAAGACCGUGUUUGGAUGUGGCUUUAAUAACAAGGGUACAUUCAAUGAAAAGACGUCUGGGAUUGUUGGACUUGGAGGAGGUUCUGUUUCGUUGGUCUCACAGAUUGGUUCUUCCAUUGAUGGGAAAUUCUCGUACUGUUUGGUUCCACUGUCUUCUGAGAAAAACUCUAGCAAGUUGAGUUUCGGUCAAAACGCCGUCGUUUCGGGCCCAGGCACUGUGUCUACUCCGAUAGUUGAUGGACAAACUUCCACUUUCUAUCUCCUUACGUUGGAAGGAAUCAGCGUCGGAGACAAAAGAUUCGAAUUUCCUUCAUCAGGUGGUGAUGAUGAGGGAAACAUAAUCAUUGAUUCAGGAACGACAUUGACGCUUUUGCCCCCAGAUUUAUACUCGAACCUGGAAUCAGAAGUGGCAUCACAGAUGAAUCUGGAACGUGUUAGGAUUCCCGAAGAUUUAUUGAAUCUUUGUUACAGAUUGCCUUCAUCAGAUAACUCCUUCGAAGCUCCCACCAUUACUGUUCAUUUCAAAGGUGGCGAUGUGAAGUUGAAUACGUUCAAUUCCUUCGUUCAGGUCUCUGACGACGUCGUUUGCUUCGCCUUCAAGGGUUAUCCUUCUGGUUCUAUCUUUGGGAACAUUGCUCAGAUGAACUUUCUUGUUGGAUAUGAUCUGAAGAAGAAGACUGUUUCGUUCAAGCCAACGGAUUGUACUGCCAUGGCGUGA